AUAGAAUAGGAGCCUAACAAACAAAAGGUCGUCUUCUCCAUUUGGUCAACAUCGCCACGUGUACAUCCUCCUCCUCUUUCUCUCUAUCAUCAUCUUCUGCUUCACUCGUUACGAUUGAGAAAUUCGAGUUUGAAUUCAACAAUGGAUUUCUGGCAAAAAGCCCGAAGUUUUGCUGAAGAAGCCGCAAAGCGGUCUCAAGAACUCACAAAAGAAGCCGCAAAGCGAUCACAAGAGCUCACAAUCGGCUCUUCUAAACUGUCCGACAUCGUUUCGGAAACCGCUAAACGGUCUAAAGAAAUCGCGGCUGAGGCAUCCAGACGGUCUCAAGAGAUCAGAAUCACUUCCUCCUUGAAGCUAUCCGACAUCGUAUCUGAAACGGCUAAGCGUUCUAAGGAGAUCGCAGCCGAGGCUUCUAACCAGAUCAAAAGUCAAGCCAUUAAACGAGCCGAUCAGAUCAAAUCUCUAGCCACCACGUCUGGUUCUGGUGCGGUCGCGAGCACGGUAGAGCCGCAGCAGGAGAAGGAGCUUGAAAGGUUUGGUAUAACGGAGGAGUUGAGAGAGUUUGUUAAGGAAAUUACUAUUGCUACAUUUCAAGAUUUUCCAUUACAAGAUGAUUCGGAGAUGUCUGAUGUGCCUGCGGUGUCAAAUGUGAGGCAGGAUCUUACUGAGUGGCAAGAAAAGCAUGCUAAUCUUGUUUUAUCAUCUGUCAAGGAAAUAUCAAAGUUAAGAUAUGAGUUAUGUCCACGUACUAUGAAAGAGAGAAAAUUUUGGAGGAUAUACUUUAUUUUAGUGAACAAACAUGUUGACCCUUAUGAGAAGCGGUACAUGGAGGAGGCUGCACAAGACUCUACAGAGCAAGUAAAGGAUCACGAAGUGGAGAAACUUCCAGAAGCAAUGGUGACUUCUAAACCAGAGGUUAAGAAGUCAAGCCAGCAAAGUAAAGCAUCAGCUGAGCAAGAUUUGGAUGUAUUUCUCCUGGGUGGAGAAAGUGAUGAAGGUCCAGAUGAUGGUGAUGGGACCUUCGAUGAUGAUUUUGAAAAAAUGGUGGAUAGUUCAGAUGAUGAGAAACAGAAGCUAUAGAAUAUGUCAGGCUGCAACAUCGGGUUCUUGCUACUUAAAUCAUAUGAGAGGAAAUGCUGCAUUGGCACAUCCAAUAAGUGACUCAAUGAAUACCUUCCCUUUAGGUAUCACUGUUGUAUUUCUCUCGUUUUCUCUUAUUCCUUUCCUUUUGUGUAAAGAAUAUUCCAAUUCUUUUUUCCAUUGGUUAAAAAUCUGCUCUUCUGUUCUAGUGUUUAUAUGGGCAGUAGCUGUCGAGUACCAUUAGGCUCACUGGUUUAACUUCUUCAAUUCAUGUUCUUGAUCACCUGUAAAUAGAUAUAGACAUUCCCGAUGUAUUAUAGCAAUAAGGGAUUGUAGUUCUUUUCUAAAAAUCCCUUGUGAAAAGGCUUUGGCUCAAAUGCCAUGGCAUUGAACUUUCUCUAUAGCCAUGUUUCUUGCAAGGUAUAUUUUUCUUCUAUA